CUGUCCAACAAGCUGGAUCUUUGCACAGAUGGCAGCAGGUAGGCAGGGAGGAUUACCAUGUCCCCAUCCCUCUGCCUCGUUCUGGCAUUCUGAGCCCAAUGCCUUUCUCCUCAAUCACGCAACAUCAGAGCUCCCUGAUUCAGCUGACGUUGUGAUCGUUGGAAGCGGUAUCACUGGUGUAUCUGUGGCUCGCUACCUUGGCGAGGAUCCUAGCGCUAAAGCCUUAUCGGUGGUCAUGCUCGAAGCAAGAGAGAUAUGUUCCGGCGCAACAGGACGAAAUGGUGGCCAUUGCAAAGCCGAUCUACUUGAACAAAGCCCAGAAAUAGCUAGAUUUGAGAUGAAGAACGUAGAAGCGGUUAGGUCAUACAUCAUGCAGAACGAAGUUCAAUGUGAAUGGGAAAACAUCAGUGGUUGUCUUACCUAUUGGAAUGAGGGGUUAUUUGCGCUGGCAAAAGCAAGACAUCACGACCUGAGGAAAAUCGACCCCGACAUCGCCAAUCUCAUCGGCAUUUCGGAGGAUAAAGAGGUCAUGCGAAAAUAUCGAGUUAGACAAGAAUGCGUGGGCAUAAUAACAACACAACACGACGGACAGCUAUGGCCCUACAAAUAUGUCACAUCUAUAACUCACACUCCUGUCCUCAAUGUCGAGUGUACAGAAAACACGCGGAUUGUGCACACCCCUCGAGGUUCGAUCAAAGCAAAGUGUGUCGUUCUAGCCACCAACGGCUACACCUCCCGCAUUCUGAACCAGUUCAACGAUUUGAUCGUGCCGAUUCGGUGUCAAAUGUCGGCCUUACAUCCACCGCAGGAAUCGCCAAGAUUGCUCCAUUCAUACGGCAUGGUCGGUUUUGGCACAUCUGACCCUGAAACCGAUGACUACCUUAUUCAGCGUCCGUUUCAACACAUUGAUGGACGCUUCCGGGGCGGGCAUCUCAUGUACGGAGAGGGAAGAAGCAAUGCCAGGUAUGAGACCGUUGGUGAAAGUGACGACGAUAUAAUCGAUUCUGGGGAAUCCGAGUAUCUGAGAAGAGCUCUCCCACAAAUGCUGGACCUGGGUGGUCUCGAGACGAAAGAGCUUGUAGCAAGCCAUGAAUGGACUGGCAUCAUAGGAAGGUCAAGAGAUAAUGUGCCUUGGGUUGGCAGAGUUCCUCAGAGGAAAGAUGAGGCAAGAUGGGAAGAUGGACUUUGGCUUUGUGCCGGUUAUAGCGGACACGGGAUGCCUAAUGCGUCCUUGUGUGCCAAGGCUAUCGUUACUAUGAUGCUAGAGGGAGAGGACAAUUACGACACCGUCUCUGAAAUGUUGAUCCAGAGCGGCGAACUGCCACGGCCGUAUUUGAUCACUCAUGAAAGACUCCAAGAGGCUCGACGUCUACCUCUGGUGGCUGGAGUGCAGUGACUUUCUGAGCCCAGAAUACUUUUACAACAUGCUUACCACUCAAGUCCUUUUGAAAUCUCUUCAGUUCUCAUGGUUCCCAAGGACAUGAAAGAGACUUCCAAAUUAGCUGGAAAGUAUUCAAGGAACAUUUUCACAAGUGGCAUGUUGAUUAACUUGGCGACUGUUGAGAUAAUUUAGGAGUGACCGUCACGGCUCUGUAUCCUGCAAUCUUGAUGUUGGAUGUUGGAAUAUGCGCUCUUAAGUUGGUACAGGGUAUCCGAAGGAUACUUUCGCUGAUGGAGCAUGCCGGUGCUCUAUCGAACUCGAACCUUGGAUAUUCCAACAGAUAUAUACUUCAGAUCGUCACUGCCAAGCGCGGGUUUUUCUUCGUGUUUGCUAUAGAUAACAAGAUUGAAGUACCUAGGUAUUCUCUGCUGCAGGGCCGCUGUGAGAAAGUAACAGAACAGCCCUACAACAACGAGAUAGUCAUC